AUGGGUAGAUCUCCUUGUUGUGAUGAUCAGAGCGGUUUAAAGAAAGGUCCAUGGACAACUGAAGAAGAUCAAAAGUUGGUUGAUUACAUUAACAGAAAUGGCCAUGGAAGCUGGAGAGCUCUCCCCAAGCUUGCAGGCCUCAACAGGUGUGGCAAAAGUUGCAGGUUAAGGUGGACUAAUUACCUGAGGCCUGAUAUCAAGAGAGGGAAAUUCUCCGAAGAAGAGGAAAGAGUUAUCAUCAACCUUCAUGCAGUGGUUGGAAACAAGUGGUCUAAGAUUGCAACUCAUCUUCCAGGGCGAACUGAUAAUGAAAUCAAGAACUAUUGGAACACUCACCUGAGAAAGAAGCUGCUACAAAUGGGACUUGAUCCAAACACCCACAAGCCGAGGACAGACCUCAAUCACCUUCUGAACCUUUCACAGUUGCUUAGCAUGGCGAGUGUCGGCAACAUGGUGACUAGUAAUCCAUGGGACAAUGCAGUAAGGCUACAAGCUAGUGCUGCACAGCUAUCUAAAAUGCAGUUACUGCAAAAUUUAUACAUGCAGGUUAUAAAUUCAUCAAUUGCAACUCCUGAUAUAGACAACAAGACUGGUAUUGGUCCUUUUGGUUCUCAGAAUAUUAACCUCUUUGGAGGGAACUUCAAUGGAGCAAGCAGCAUGGUCGACAGAGAUCAAGAAUGGGACGGAGCUAGCAUCCCCGGGGCACCUAAUGACUUGAACACUAUUUCCAACACAUUGGAAGGGUUUGAAGGAUUUAAUAGCAAUAUUAACAACAACUGCUAUGGUAUGCAGAACUUCAAGAACCAGUAUCCUGAAUUGGUUUCAUCAUCAUCUCCUGGGAGUUCCACUACCAACAACCGAAUUGAAAGCACUAGUACAAGUGAUAUUCCAGAUGCAUGUCAGUCAUCGCCCACUUCCAUCUUUGAGGCUUGGGAGAGACUCAUGGAUGAUGAUACAAGUGAAUCCUACUGGAAAAAUAUUCUGCAGUAA